AUGACUGUCAACGGACAUAGCAACGGCGUCAAUGGAGCGGGGCCUUCUACGCUCAGCCCACUCCAGGUCGAGCCUUCGUCCGUAGAGGCAGCUCGCAUUUUGCCACAGGCACUCGAGCUCGUCCAAAACUUCAUCGCAUCCGGCGAGCAGCCCGAUACCUACGUCGCACCGUGGGGCAGCAUCCCAGACUUCCGCAAAGCUGUCUCUCUCUCCCUUCCAGACAAGACUGCAUCCGACGAUGCGCUUCUCGACGCCAUCAAGCUUGUUUUCGACAACUCGGUGAACCCGUGGACGGGUCGAUUCUUGGACAAGCUGUAUGCUGCCCCCACGCCUGUCGGUAUCGCAGCGGACCUGGUGCUGAGCGCAGUCAAUGCCAACGCACACGUUAUGUCGGCGUCGCCGGUGCUGAGCUUGGCCGAGGAAAGGUGCGUCGAGGGGCUAUGCGAGCUGUUUGGCUUCACCGAGAAGAAGGCCGAUGGAUUGACGAUGCCUGGUGGCUCGUCGGCGAAUACGCUGGCGGUGCAGACGGCGCUUGCCAAUCUGUUCCCUAAAUUUAGGACACAGGGCAUGCUAGGGGUCAUGCAGCAGUUGACGGAAGAGAAGAGAGCGCCGAGGCCGUUGCUCUUCACCUCAUCGCAAAGUCACUACUCGCUGGACAAGGCAGCCAUCUCUUCCGGGCUCGGACUGGAUUCGGUGGUCAAGGUGGAUUGCGACGACGCCGGUCGCAUGGAUCCAAAGGCUCUCGAUCACGCCUUGACUGCGGCCAAGGAGCAAGGCACGGGAACACCGUUCCUCAUCAACGCCACGUCUGGCACUACCGUGCUGGGCUCCUUCGACCCGCUGCCCGAGCUGUCCGCGGUCGCACGGAAGCACAACUGCUGGCUGCACAUUGACGGCUCUUGGGGUGGGCCAAUCGUGUUCUCGCACCGCCAGACGUACUCUGAUCUGAUGAAGGGCAGUCAUCUGGCCGACUCGAUCACCAUCAAUCCGCACAAGCUGCUCAAUGUGCCGCUGCAAUGCUCUUUCCUGCUGGUGCGAGACGCUGACACGCUCUCGGCCAACAGCUUGGACGCAGCAUACCUGUUCCACUCGAAGGAUCGUCGAGAGAAUGCGGCGAUGAAGACCAUGGGAUGCGGCCGCCGUGGAGAUGCGCUCAAGUUCUGGUUGUACUGGGUCCGUUAUGGAAAGAACGGCUUCGGUGCGCAUGUCGAUGCAGGUUUGGCGCUGGCUAUCGAGCUGGUCGAGUACAUUCGAUCCAAGCCGACAGAGAUCGAAUUGGGACCCCUUGCCGAUCCACUCUUCCUUCAGAUCUGCUUCCGACCGCUUCAACCUGGGCGGGUGGACGACAGCGCCAGCUGGCAGCUGGAUGCGGAAGAGGUCAAGAAGCGAUCAGCGGCGACGCAGCACGUCUACCAGGAGCUCAAGACGAGGAGGAUGUUCGCGGUCGACUUUGCACCUCUGCCAAAUGGAAUUGGAGACUACAUUCGCCUGGUGGUGCACCCAAGGACCAAGAUGGAGGAUCUGAAGACAUUGGUGGAUCAGGUCGCUGAGAUUGGACAAUCGUACUGGAAGCAGCAGGCGUGA